AUGUGUGGUAUUUUUGCUUGUUACAACAAACAACAUGUUGAAGAAUAUAAACCAAGGGCUUUGCAAUUAGCCAAAAGAAUUAGACACAGAGGUCCAGAUUGGAGUGGUAACUUUGUUAAAAAAAAUACUAUUUUGGUCCAUGAAAGAUUGGCUAUUGUUGGUUUAGAUACCGGUGCUCAACCAAUUACUAACAAAGAUGAAACUUUAUCUUUAACUGUCAACGGUGAAAUCUACAAUCAUAUUCAAUUGAGGGAAAAGUUUGCUGAUUACCCAUUCAAGACAGCUUCUGACUGUGAACCUAUUAUUCCAUUGUACGAAAAAUAUGAUAUCGAUGCACCAAAAUACUUGGAUGGUAUGUUUGCUUGGGUUCUUUAUGAUAGUGUUAAAGAUCGUAUUGUUGCUGCUAGAGAUCCUAUUGGUGUCAACACACUAUACAUGGGUAGAUCUAGUGCUAGUCCUAAGACUGUUUAUUUCGCUAGUGAAUUGAAAUGUUUAGUUGAUGAUUGUGACAAUAUUAUAUCAUUUCCUCCGGGCCAUGUUUAUGAUUCAGCUACCGAUAAGACCACUCGUUACUUUUCUCCAGAUUGGAUAGAUGAAAAUAGAAUUCCACAUAACCCAGUUGACUACAAGUUGAUUAGGACAACAUUGGAAAAGGCUGUUCGUAAGAGAUUAAUGGCAGAAGUUCCAUAUGGUGUUUUAUUAAGUGGUGGUUUAGAUAGCUCUUUAAUUGCUUCUAUUGCUGCCAGAGAAACUGCCAAUGCUGACACCAAUCCAGAUGAUGAAAUUGUUGGUGGUAAGAGAUUAGCAGGUGUGGAUGAUCAAGGUCACUUACACACUUCUGGUUUUGCCAAGUUGCAUUCUUUUGCUAUUGGUUUGCCAAAUGCUCCAGAUUUGAAAGCUGCUCGUAAAGUUGCUAAGUUUAUUAAUUCCAUUCACCACGAACAUACAUUUUCUGUACAGGAAGGUUUAGAUGCUUUAGACGAUGUUAUUUAUCAUUUAGAAACUUAUGAUGUGACUACCAUCAGAGCCUCUACUCCAAUGUUUUUGUUGAGUAGAAAGAUUAAGGCUCAAGGUGUCAAGAUGGUUUUAAGUGGUGAAGGUAGUGAUGAAAUAUUUGGGGGCUAUCUAUAUUUUGCUCAAGCUCCAAAUGCUGCUGAAUUUCACACUGAAAGUGUCAAGAGAGUUAAAAACUUGCACUUGAGUGAUUGUUUAAGAGCCAAUAAAUCCACCUUGGCUUGGGGUUUGGAAGCACGUGUUCCAUUUUUGGAUAAGGAAUUUUUACAAGUUUGUAUGAACAUUGAUCCAAAGGAAAAAAUGAUUACCAAGGAUAGAAUUGAGAAAUACAUUUUGAGAAAGGCAUUUGACACCACAGAUGAACCUGAUGUUAAACCAUAUUUACCGGAAGAAAUCUUAUGGAGACAGAAGGAACAAUUUAGUGAUGGUGUUGGUUAUUCUUGGAUUGAUGCUUUGAAGGAUUAUGCUGAAAAGGCUAUUUCUGACGAGCAAUUAGCUAAUCCAAAACCUGAAUGGGGCAAUGACAUUCCAACAACUAAAGAAGCUUACUGGUACAGAUUGAAAUUUGAUGCUAUUUACCCACAAAAGGCUGCUGCUGCUACAGUUAUGAGAUGGAUUCCAAAGGCUGACUGGGGUUGUCAUGCUGAUCCAUCUGGUAGAUAUGCUAAGAUUCAUGCUAAACAUAUUGACAAUUAA